AUGGCCAGAAUAGGUCGCGGAGGGUUUCUAGCCCUGGCAGUGGUCUUCCACUUAGUCUACCUCUACUCGAUCUUCGAUAUAUAUUUCGUCAGUCCCAUUGUGCAUGGCAUGAGACUCUAUGGGAUCCCCCAAGAGAAAGCGCCGGCAAAGAGAUUAGUCUUGUAUGUUGGCGACGGUCUCCGCGCAGAUAAAGCCUUCCAGUCCUUCCCAGACCCGUCUCCUCCCGACCCAGCCAAUGCCGACCUGACUCCUCGACCUUUGGCAACCUUUCUGCGCUCCCGAGUCCUCGAGCAUGGCACCUUCGGCGUUUCCCAUACACGAGUACCAACGGAGUCACGGCCCGGUCAUGUUGCCCUCAUAGCUGGCCUUUACGAAGACGUCUCCGCAGUCACAACGGGAUGGAAACUGAACCCAGUCGACUUCGACAGCGUUUUCAACAGAAGCCGGCACACAUGGAGUUGGGGCAGUCCCGACAUCCUCCCAAUGUUCAAGGAAGGUGCGGUUCCAGGUCGAAUCGAUGCGGACACGUAUGGUGCAGAAUUCGAGGACUUCUCGCAGGAUGCGACAGCGUUGGACGUCUGGGUCUUUGACAGGGUCAACGACCUCUUCAAAUCCGCCAGCACAAAUUCUACAUUGGAUGCCAUGCUUCGCGAGGACAAGAUCGUUUUCUUCCUCCAUCUGCUAGGGUUGGAUACAACCGGGCACUCGUACCGCCCGUAUUCCAAGGAAUAUCUGCACAAUAUCAAGGUUGUGGAUCAAGGUGUUCAGGAAAUAACCAAUCUGAUUGAAGAGUUCUAUGGCGAUAGCGAAACAGCUUAUGUUUUCACCGCUGAUCACGGUAUGAGCGACUGGGGCAGUCACGGCGAUGGUCAUCCUGACAACACAAGAACUCCAUUAAUUGCCUGGGGAGCUGGUGUUGCUGAACCUCGACUUUCUGUUGGCGAGAAAGCUCCUGGCCAUGAGGAUGGUUUCUCGUUCGACUGGGGGUUUGACCAUAUCCAACGACAUGACGUUGAUCAAGCCGAUGUUGCAGCCCUCAUGGCAUACCUUGUCGGAGUUGAGUACCCUGUGAACUCUGUUGGAAAGUUGCCCUUGUCCUAUCUAGCUGCGACGCCAGAAAAGCAAGCCAAUGCAUUCCUAGUCAAUACGAAACAGGUCCUGGAAAUGUACAGGGUCAAGGAGGAGCAGAAGAAGUCGACUUGCUUGAAAUAUCAGCCAUAUCCUCCGUUCUCCAAGGCCAACGCAUCAAUUGCUGCUAGUAUCUCAGCGAUUGAGAGUGCGAUUGCAAACAACCAGCACGAACUUGCCAUUCAGCUCUGCUCGGAUCUGUUCAGUCGCGCUCUCCAAGGGCUGCGCUAUCUACAAACGUACGACUGGCUUUUCCUCCGAGCUCUCAUUACCAUCGGGUAUCUUGGCUGGAUAACCUAUGGUAUUACUACAGUCAUCGACCUGCAUGUCCUGCAUGGUGCCGUGGCGGAAAGAAGGACAACAGCUUCUCUUCUGGCGUUCUCCUCUAUUCUUGUUGCACUGUAUUCGUUCUUCAUCAUCGAGCGAUCACCAGUGACGUAUUAUGGAUACGCAGCGUUUCCUGUCUUUUUCUGGGAAGAAGUCUUUGCUAGGAGAAAAGCCUUGUUCUCCGGCUCUAAAGUUCUUCUCGGGGAUAUUCAAGGGUUCUCCAAGUCCAGCUCCCUCCUUGUGCAGGCCUUUUGCUUCUUGUUUGUCAUUGAGGGUUUGGUUCAAGCAUACUUCCACCGGGGCAUUCUCACCGUGUUAUACCUUCUCGGAGCAGUCUUCCCUGCAUCAUACGGCGCAGAUUUCGUCAAAAAGAAUAAACUAGUACUCCUUGCAUGGGCAGCUGGCUGCCUGGUCCUCAGCACCUUCACAUUUCUUCCUGUUGUCAAGGUUGAGAGUCCAACUAUGAUAACCGCAGGCGGCCUUCUGAUGUUCGGGGCAGGCCUGCUUUACCUUACCUUCGAGCACGAUAUUACGUCGCAGUCUAAAUCUGCGGGCGCAUACAGCGACACAAACAUACUUUCUCGAACUCUGAUGGGACUUCAAACUGGCAUCAUCCUUCUGACGGUCAUCGUCACGCGUUCGAGCGUCGCCUCACUUCAGGCAAAGACAGGCCUCCCGGUUGGAAAUCAAGUUGUUGGCUGGCUCGUCCUUUCAGCUUCAGUCAUCCUCCCCUUCGUCCACCGAAUAGCACCAAACAAACACUAUCUACACCGCUUAGUCAUUAUCUUCCUUACCUUCUCACCGUCCUUUGUCCUCCUCACAAUCUCUUACGAGGGGCUCUUCUACUUUACCUUUUGCUUUAUCCUCCUCGCCUGGCCAAACGCAUCUCAACCUCAGCCAAACGCAUCUCAACCUCCUCCGAGCAGCAUCACCAUAACCUCGAAAUCGCCCACUUCGUUGAACAUACAUCCUGAGCAAACGUUCCGGACUCUCUCCCUGCCCGACCUCCGCCGCGCCCUCUUCUUCCUCUUCUUCCUACAAUCCGCCUUCUUCUCAACCGGAAACAUCGCCUCUAUAUCGUCCUUUUCACUCGACGCAGUUUACCGCCUCAUUCCCGUCUUCGACCCUUUCUCCCAAGGCGCCCUCCUGCUCUUCAAACUCAUGGUGCCUUUUGCAAUUAUCUCUGCUGCACUUGGCAUCCUGAACCGAAGGCUAGGACUGCAGUCCUCGGCACUGUUCAUGACGGUGAUGAGCAUCAGUGACAUCAUGACGCUGAAUUUUUUCUGGAUGGUGAGGGACGAGGGGAGUUGGUUGGAUAUAGGGACGACGAUUAGUCACUUUGUGAUUGGGAGUCUGUUGUGUGUUUUCGUCGCUGGAUUGGAAGGGGUAAGCCAGGCUCUCAUCAGUGGUGUGGAGGUGGAUAGCUUUGAGCACAGGACGAAAGAGAGGGGAGGCAUUGAGGCGGUCGACGGGAAGGCUGCGCAAGAAAAUGGUGGGGCCAAUGGCCACGCGAAGGUAGUAAAGAAGGGCAGGGAAGGUGUAGAUGAGCGACUAGUCAUUGAUUAG